UGCUUCAAGUGAAGGCUUUAUUUAGGACCUGUUAUCUGUCAGCUGAGUUAGCAAGAAGAAGACAUUCGACCAAACAAACGCCACCGGGGCGCGCCCUGCUGACGCCUGGGAGGAGCCGCUGUUGGGAUGAAGCUGACUCUUCUCAGGAAAACUCCCACCGCCUCUUUGACUUUCCCACAGGAGCUCACAGGGAGUCAUCAACACUCUGCCACGGGCUGUCAGUGCUCCGACAUGUCGCUCCUCAUCCGCUUCUGGACCGCUUUAGCGGUGCUGUGGUGCCCUGCUUGGACGCUGGUGCCCGAGAUGGUGGACGUGUGCACGGAGGGCAGCUGCUACCCGGCCACGGGGGACCUGCUCAUCGGCCGGGCCCACAAACUCAUCACCUCGUCCACCUGUGGCCUGCAGGAGCCUGAGACCUUCUGCAUCGUGGGACACCUGGAGGAGGAGACCAAGUGCUUCCAGUGCGACUCCAGGGACGCCUACGACCAGGACGUCAACCCCCUCAGCCACGCCAUCGAGAACGUGGUCACCACCUUUGCCCCCAACCGCCUCAAGACCUGGUGGCAGUCCGACAACGGUGUGGAGAACGUGACCAUCCAGCUGGACCUGGAGGCCGAGUUCCACUUCACACACCUCAUCAUGACCUUCAAGACGUUCCGCCCCGCCGCCAUGGUGAUCGAACGCUCCAUGGACUUCGGGAAGACGUGGCAGGUUUACCGAUACUUCGCCUACGACUGCCAGGCCGCCUUCCCCGGCGUGUCUCCGGGGCCGAUGGUCAAGGUGGAUGACAUCAUCUGUGACUCGCGCUACUCUGACAUCGAACCCUCCACCGAGGGAGAGGUGAUCUUCCGGGUGCUGGAUCCCGCCUUUGAGAUCGAGGACCCCUACAGCUUGAGGAUCCAAAACAUGCUGAAGAUCACCAACCUGCGCGUCAACUUCCUGAAGCUUCACACCCUGGGUGACAACCUUUUGGACUCGCGCAAGGAAGUGACGGAGAAGUACUACUACGCGCUCUAUGACAUGGUCGUCCGCGGAAACUGCUUCUGCUACGGCCACGCCUCUGAGUGCGCCCCCAUCGACGGAGCGCCUACGGGGGCCGAGGGAAUGGUCCAUGGGCGCUGCGUGUGCAACCACAACACCGAGGGCCUGAACUGCGAGCGGUGUCGGGACUUCCACCACGACCACCCCUGGAGACCUGCCGAGGGCCGCAACACGCACGCUUGCAAGAGGUGCGAGUGUAACCAGCACUCCGCUUCCUGUCACUUUGACAUGGCCGUCUACAUGACUACGGGUAACGCGAGCGGGGGCGUGUGCGACGACUGUCAGCACAACACGGUGGGCCGCCAGUGCGAGCAGUGCGCGCCUUUCUUCUACCAGCACCCCAACCGGGACCUGAGGGACCCCAACGUCUGCCAGCCCUGUAACUGCGACCCGACCGGCUCCCUGCAGGGGGGGCUUUGCGACUCCAGGACCGACGUGGCCUCCGGCCUCAUCUCAGGCCAGUGUCGCUGCAAGGCCAAUGUGGAGGGCGAGCGCUGUGACCACUGUAGACACGGCCACUACGGGCUGGGACAGGGCCCAGAAGGAUGCCUGGCUUGUACCUGCAGCCUGCUGGGAACGUUGCCAGGAGGCAACUCCUGCGAUUCCGAGUCAGGACGCUGCUUCUGCAAGCGGCUUGUCAGCGGUCAUCAUUGCGAUCAGUGUCUGCCGCAGCACUGGGGCCUGUCCAACGACAUGGAUGGAUGCAGACCAUGUGACUGCGACCAGGGCGGUGCGCUAAACAAUAACUGCGACGCGCAGUCCGGGCAGUGCGUGUGCAGGGAGCACAUGUUCGGACGGCGCUGCGACCAGCUCGAGUCCGGCUUCUACUUCAUCGCUCUGGACCACUACACCUACGAGGCUGAGGACGCCAACCACGGGCCUGGUGUGACGGUGGUCCAAAGACCUUACCCUCUUGAUCGCAGCCCCACGUGGACUGGCAUGGGUUUUGUUAACGUACCAGAGGGAGCCUACUUAGAGUUCGACAUCAACAACAUCCCAGAGUCCAUGGACUAUGACGUCCUAAUCCGCUACGAGCCUCAGCUUCCAGAGCAGUGGGAGCAGGUCAACGUCCGAGUGCAGCGACCAGUCUUCAACCCUCCCGACUAUUCUGGUCACUGCGGCGGUUCUGUCGGCGGCGGAGACGAGCAGUAUGUCUCUCUGCCGCCCGGCUCGAGACACGUGCUGCUGCCCAGGCCCGUGUGCUUCGAGAAGGGGCACAACUACACGGUGCGCCUCAGCCUGCCGCUCUACUCGACUUACAGUGACAUGCAGAGCCCGUACACGCUCAUCGACUCUCUGGUGUUGAUGCCCCGGGUCAGGGAACUGGACAUGUUCCACGGGACAGACGGCGACGGAGCAUGGGACACCUUCCAGCGCUACCGCUGCCUGGAGAGCAGCCAGAGCGUGGUCAAGAGCCCCAUGACGGACAUCUGCAACGACUACAUCUUUAGCGUCUCGGCGCUGCUGCACAAAGGAGCCAUGCCAUGCCAGUGUGAUCCGCAAGGUUCCAUCAGCUCCGUGUGCGAGCCCAGCGGAGGCCAGUGUCGCUGUCGGCCCAACGUGGUCGGCAGGAACUGCGACCACUGCGCCCCCGCCACCUUCCUCUUCAGCCCUGCUGGGUGCAGGCCUUGUGACUGUGACCCCCGAGGAUCGGUGAGCGCCCUAUGCCAUGAAGCAACAGGACAGUGCACAUGUGUGCCCGGGGCCACGGGACGCCAGUGUUCCCACUGCCUGCCGGGCUUCUGGGGGUUCCCUCACUGCCGGCCAUGCCACUGCAACGGCCACAGCGAGGUCUGUCAUCCUGUGACCGGAGAGUGUCAGGGAUGCAGGGACUUGACCACCGGACACUACUGUGAGAGGUGUUUGGAUGGUUACCACGGUGAUCCAGAGCUGGGGUCAGGCGGACACUGUCGCCCCUGUUUGUGCCCCGACGGCCCUCACAGUGCACGGCAGUUUGCAGACAGCUGCUACAUGGCAGACACUACCAACCAGCUGGUGUGUGUGUGCAGCCCUGGCUACAAAGGCGCCAGGUGUGACGAGUGCGCCCCAGGCCACUUUGGGAACCCCCUGUUGCCCGGCGGACGCUGCCUGCCGUGCCAGUGCAAUGGCAACAUCGACAUGCAGAACCCGGGCUCCUGCGACUCUCGGACUGGCGCGUGCCUCAGGUGCCUGUACCACACGGACGGCUACGCCUGCCAGCACUGCAAACCGGGUUACUAUGGCGAUGCUGCCGCUCAAAGCUGCAGGAAGUGCAUGUGCCAGCCGGAGGGAACGGCGCAGCACGCGUGCUCCACGCCGGGCGAGUGUCAGUGUGACCAGCGCAGCGGGCAGUGCCCCUGCCUGCCCAACGUGGUGGGACAAAACUGCGAGCGCUGCGCCGAGGACACGUGGAACAUGGCGAGCGGGGAGGGCUGCCAGCGCUGUGACUGCGACCCGGUCCAUUCCUUCAGCCCCUCCUGCCAUGAGGUCACGGGACGCUGCUCGUGUAAACCGGGUUUUGGCGGCAGGACGUGCCGGGAAUGCAGGGAGCUCUUCUGGGGGGAUCCGGAAGUCAAAUGCUACGCGUGUGACUGUGACCCGCGGGGUAUCUCCAGCGGCCAGUGCCAUCGCGCCAGCGGACACUGCACCUGCGUGGAGGGAGUGUCGGGCCCACGCUGUGACACGUGCGCGCGGGGCUACCAGGGCGAGUUCCCCGACUGCCAACCUUGCCACGAGUGCUUCGCCACGUGGGACAGGGUGGUGGGCGAGCUGAGCAACCAAACGCAGCGUCUGGAGGCCAAGGUGACGGAGCUGCGGACCAGCGGCGUGACGGCGCCCUACAAGGACUUAGUCGGCAGCCUGGAGACCAACGCCAAGGCGGUCAGGGAGAUCGUGGAGAGUAACCCUGCGGCCGUCAGGCUGGAGGAGAUCCAGGAGCUGACGCAGCAGAUCACCGGCCUCUCGUCCUACCUGAGCGGGAGACUCAACACUACAGAGGAGACCUUGACUGACCUCCAGAAUGACGCCAAUGCCACAGAUUCAAAUGUGGACGAGGUCACGGAGGAGGUGAAGCUGCUGGACCGGCGCGUGCAGGAGCUGAGGCAGCAGGUGUACGACGCCAAAAACGCCAACUUCCAGGGUGCCAUGGACACCAUCAUCGAGGCAAACGAGGAGUCGCUGUUGGCGGAAAUCCACGUCAACGCCUCCAGCGGCGAUCCCGGCAACACGGCGGCGCAGUCGGCGGCGCUUCGCAAGGCGACAGAAGACAAGCUGAGCAGCAGCCAGAGGGAGUUUGACCGCAGACACCACAGAAAUGCACAGAAGAUGGACAAGCUCAACAAGGAGCUGGAGACCUUUGACCUUUCACCUCUUAGCCAAAAGACGUGCGGCGGUGCAGCUGAAGGUGACGAGUGCCCCGGCUCCCCGUGCGGCGGCCUGGGCUGCUCGGAUGAGGGCGGAGCAUUCCAGUGUGGCGGGAACGGAUGCGAAGGAGCCGUGGCCGCCUCGCAAGCUGCUCUCAAGUCAGCCAAGGACCUCGAUAAGGAAAUCCUGGCCGCCAUGCAGGAGGUGGACAAGCUCUCCAGGAUGGUGUGGGAGGCCAGCAACCGAGCGAGGGAGGCCAAAGCAAACGCUCAGGAAGUGCUGAUGAAAUCCAACCAGAGCAAGGAGAGAGUGGAGCAGAGCAACCAGCAACUGCGCAGCCUCAUCAAGGACAUCCGAGACCUCCUCACUAACGAACGUGCCAACGUGUCGGUGAUUGAGGCGGUGGCCAACCAGGUGUUAGCCCUGGAGAUGCCCGCAUCCACGGAGAAGCUGCAGGAGCUGACGAGGGAAAUCAAGGAGAAGGUGGGCGCUCUCACCACCGUGGAGACCAUCCUCAGUCAGAGCGCCCGAGACAUCCGAGCUGCAGAGGAGCUGCUGAGGCAGGCCGAGGCCGCCAGUAAGGGGGCGUCCGACCUGAAGGAGACGUCAGACGCGCUACGGACGGCACUGAACGAGACUGAGCGUGCUCAGAGCGUCGCCAUGGACGCCGUCCAGCUGGCCCAGAACAACACCAAGGGAACCCUGGACCUGCUGCUUUCGGUGGAGAACGAGACGGCGGCGUGGAAGCUGCGGCUGGGCAACAUGACCGACCGGCUGCUCCGGCUGGAGCGCCAGGUGGGCCUGCUGCGGCAGAACGAGCUGGAGGUCAGCAGCCUGGCGGAGACGGCCGACCGGAUCAGCCAGCGGGCCGAGACGGACGCAGAGGAGGCCCGGCAGGAGUUUGAGACGGAGGUGAAAGACAAACUGGAGGAGGUGGAGGACCUGCUGGAGGACAAAGGAGAGUCGGUGCUGCAGGCGAGGAAACGAGCGGACGAGCUGCAGCAGGAGGCCACGGAGCUCCUGGCUCAGAGCAGCAGUAAACUGCAGAGACUACAAGAGCUGGAGAGUUCCUACGAGGCCAACCAGGGCAUCCUGGAGGCCAAAGCGGCCGAGCUGGCCAAGCUGGAGGUGACGGCCCGCCGCAUCCUGGAGGAGAUCAGCUACAAGGUGACGCUGUACAGCACCUGCUUGUAGGGCGCGGCCGUCAAAGAUAGCCGUGUUGAAUCAGGGGCGUCGUGGAGGGAACCAGACAGACCUCGCUGCCACAAAAGCCAACAAUAAAGUUGACUUUUUUCCCUGAGUGCAUGUGUGCGUGUAUGGAGCACAAAGGUGGCGUACUAACACAUCAAAUGCUACACUAUUUCCAAAAAUGCAUAUAUUGUCUUUCAUGUCACUCUGUCACAAUAUUACAGCUUUUUUUUUAACUGACUGCAACCACACACACACACACACAAAGGACGUCUUUCAAAAUAAAAGCAUGUCUUUGGA